CUCCUAGCCCGGGACUCAGGCGCGUGCGCACCGUACGCAUAAUCCGGCGGUGGGCGGCACCGCGCACAUACGAGCACCAUGGAGGGCUAUCCUGGGGAGCGGCGCGGUAGCCCGGGCCGCGCCGAGAGGCUGAGUGAGCGGAUGCUGGACGAGUUCGUGGCACUGCACGGUCCCGCGCUGCGCGCCUCGGGCGUCCCGGAGCAGCUGUGGGGCCGCCUCCUGCACAAACUGGAGCACGAGGUUUUCGAUGCCGGGGACAUGUUUGGGAUAAUGCAGGUGGAGGAGGUGGAGGAGGCUGAGGACGAGGCUUCCAGAGAGGCUCAGAGGAAGCAGCCCAACCCUGGGAGUGAGCUGUGCUACAAGGUCAUUGUGACCAGUGAGAAUGGCGUCCGGGCUGAUGACCCCAACAGCAUCUUCCUUAUCGACCAUGCCUGGACAUGCCGUGUGGAGCAUGCACGUAAACAGCUGCAGCAGGUACCCGGACUCUUGCACCGUAUGGCUAACCUGAUGGGCAUCGAGUUCCAUGGUGAGGUGCCCAGCCCAGAAGCUGUGGCCCUGGUGCUGGAGGAGAUGUGGAAGUUCAACCAGACCUAUCAGCUGGCCCACGGGACAGCCGAAGAAAAGGUACCAGUGUGGUACGUCAUGGAUGAGUUUGGCUCGAGGAUCCAGCAUGCAGACAUGCCGAGCUUUGCCACCGCUCCCUUCUUCUACAUGCCCCAGCAGGUGGCCUACACCCUGCUGUGGCCCCUAAGGGACCUGGACACAGGCGAGGAGGUGACCCGGGACUUUGCCUACGGAGAGGCAGACCCUCUGAUCCGGAAAUGCAUGCUGCUGCCCUGGGCCCCUGCCGACAUGCUGGACCUCAGCUCCUCUACGCCUGAGCCUCCUGCCAAGUACUAUCAGGCCAUUUUGGAGGAAAACAAGGAGAAACUGCCGCUCGCUAUUAGCCCAGUGGCACGUCCCCAGGGCCACAUCUUCAGAGUCCACUCGGACAUGCAGCAGGUGCUCUGCCACCUCACCCACCCUCGUUUCACCUUCACCGAAAGCGAGGCUGACGCUGACAUCCUCUACCACUUCUCACACUUCAAGGACUACAGGGCGCUCAGCCAGGAGAGGCCACAGGUGCUACUCAACCAGUUCCCCUGUGAGAACCUGCUGACGGUAAAGGACUGCCUGGCCUCCAUCGCUCGCCGGGCUGGGGGUCCUGAGGGUCCCCCCUGGCUGCCCCGGACCUUCAACCUGCGCACUGAGCUGCCCCAGUUUGUCAGCUAUUUUCAACAACGGGAGAGACGGGGUGAGGACAACCACUGGAUCUGCAAGCCCUGGAACCUGGCCCGCAGCCUGGACACUCACGUCACCAACAACUUGAACAGCAUCAUUCGGCACCGAGAGAGCACCCCCAAGGUUGUGUCCAAGUACAUUGAAAGUCCCGUCCUGUUCCUUCGAGAAGAUGUGGGGAACGUCAAGUUUGACAUCCGCUAUGUUGUGCUGCUGCGCUCGGUGAAGCCACUGAGCUUGUUCGUGUAUGAUGUGUUCUGGCUACGCUUCUCCAAUAGGCCCUUCGAACUCAAUGACCUGGACGACUACAAGAAGCAUUUCACCGUCAUGAACUAUGACCCGGAUGUGGUGCUGAAGCAGGUGCACUAUGAUGAGUUCAUCCCCCAAUUCGAGAAGCAGUACCCAGAGUUUCCUUGGAGUGGUGUCCAGGCUGAGAUAUUCAAGGCCUUCACAGAGCUGUUCCAAGUGGCAUGUGCCAAGCCACCGCCCAUGGGCCUCUGCGACUACCCCUCAUCUCGGGCUGUAUAUGCUGUUGACCUCAUGCUCAAGUGGGAGAGCCGUCCAGAUGGAACGCGGGUGAUGCAGCCCCAGAUCCUGGAGGUGAACUUUAACCCUGACUGUGAGCGAGCCUGCAGAUACCACCCCACAUUCUUCAAUGAUGUCUUCAGCACCCUGUUUUUGGAUGAGACCAAUGACUGUCACGUCACCCGAAUCAUCUAGGUGCACAAAGCCCUCCUGCCUGUGCUCAUAGCUGGUUCCAGCCCCUGCUCGUGGAGCUGCUUCCAAAGCCCCAGCCUUCUCCCUCCUCCCUCUUCCUCCCUCCUCCCUCCCCAGUCAGAGCCUGGGCCUAAGUUAGGCUCUGCCCUCCUGAGCCAUGUUCCUGCUUCAUAUGUAGGGCAUCAGGUCCGCACCAUGUGGCAGAGCUGGAGAGUAAGUGGUAUCCCCGGGGCUGGAUACUGCCCCAGAUGCUCUGCACACCUCCUAACACCCUCUGUCCUAUGAUGAGUCUCCAGCGCAGCCAAGGGCUUUUACUCCUGGCAUCCAGAGAGUUUGUACAGAGGAAGAGGUGUUCCACAGAAACGGGGUUCCCCAGGGAAGUGUUUGGGAACCCUAUAUCCAGCAGGACCAGGGAGUUCUCUCCCAGAGUCUCUGUCCUCCUUUCCCUUGACUGAUGUAAGCAGGGUAUCAGCACCCUGUGCUGUACCACAGGCCCCAGAACAGCCAGGGAAAAACAUUUGCCAACCCAGCCUUAUGCCUAGGCAUCCUCCACCAGAGCCUUCACCAGCAAACUUCCCAGCCUUGCCUGCCCUUGACGUUUCCCUUCUGGGAAGCUGGACUGUUAGUCCCAUGGUCUCUGCUCUGCAUGCUGGCAUCUCACUGAGUUCCACUGUCCUCUUGAGGUGGUCAGGGGCCUCUGGUGUUGUGAGGUUCCCUGGCAGAGUCCAGGCAGAGGGGACAAUGGAAAUGCCAAGGCCGCUAAAAUGGCUCUGGGGAGAACUUCAUGUGGAAGUCAGGCUGCCUCUUGCCUAGGCCUAGAGUCAAAAUGUUGACAGAGAGACAGAGAGAGAAUGUGUGUGUGUGUGUGUGUGUGUGUGUGUGUGUGUGUGUGUGUGUGUGUGUGUGUGUGUGUGUGUGUGUGUGUUUUAACCUGCAGAAAGAAAAUGUAAAAUGCUGGAAUUUGAAGUCAGUAGCCAUUGUUUCUGUAACUGCUGGGGUCCAGUCCAUCAAUAAGUGCGUCUGGUUAGAGUGGGUGAGAGCUGCUUCUAGGGUGAUCUGCUGCUCAGGAGGGUGGAGCACUGUGGUGGCUGUUGUACUUUUGAAGGUAAACAGUGACACUCUUAGCAUAACUGGACAUGGUUCUUCCUGCCCAUCUCUGGGCGUGUGGGUCACCUACUACUGAGCCUGACUGUCCAUGUUGGGUCCAGCCACUGCCAGGGGUGGGACACACACUUAUGGUUUUUGUCUCUGGAGAGCUUCUAUCCUCCCUGCCCUUUUAUACUGCAAUAAAAUAUGCCUCCUUCUCA